UACCUCGCACUAAAGGGAGAACUGUGAGGUCUCAGGAGAGUUGGAGUCCUGAGGCCUGCAAUCCCUGGGGUAAUGGCUCUGAUGAGGAGGAUGUUUUCCUAGAGGGGGAAGAUGAUUUAUAGGCAUGCCCUUUGGUUGGAACAGAGCCCCAGGCUGCUUGUUUGCCUGAGGAUGAGCAGAAGAAAUUCCCAUGCUCAGGAAACGACUGUGAGGGAAUAUUCUGCCCCUGACGUAGUGGAGCCAGUCAGCCACUUUAAGAAGGAGGGCCGUAAAAGGGGUGGCAGCUUGAGUGUUGGGACUGUGGGAUACUGGGGAAGAUGGUGUUCUGGUGGAGGUUUGGGACGUCAAAAAUGGCCUCAGUCCCUGCUCAACCUGCCUUGUGACAAAUACAUGCCACAGUCCUAGGUGAGAAUCAUGGGCACUUAGCUAAUUUGACUGGAUAAAUGCUAGUAUUAAGAUAACUUGGCCUAACUGAAGCCUGUCUCUGGCUUGCAGAUGGCUGUGUCCUCACAUGGUUUUUCCUCUGUGGUGUCUGUGUGUUGUAAUAUUCUUAUUAAAAGGACAUCAGAUUGAAUUAGAUUCCAGCCUAAAGGCCUCAUUUUAACCGGGGUUAGGACUUCAACAUAUACCUCAUGGGGACCCAAUUCAGCUUUAAUUAUAUAUGUAUGUAUUCUAUAUAUAGUAAUGAAUAAACAAAUUAGAGAAUAAAUAAUGCGUUACAUACAGUGUGCUGAACUUGUGACUGUGACGGUGAGCCAACCAUUAAUAAAAACUGAAAUAUAAUGGGAAUUAAAAAAAAAACUUGGCCUAGCAAAGGGGAUAUUCCCUGAUCUCUAUGCAAGAACUACAAGAAAUUGUACGUGAACUGGGAAUGAAACCUGCCAUUUAUGCCUAGCAUUUUAGAGGCCUCAACAAAGAAUUAUUUUUCUCUGGUAUUGAAGACCUUAUAUUACAGUCAGCCCCAGGGGCAUGAUAUGGGACUUAGUAUCUGUUCUUGUCCCUUUGGUUAAUCAACCCAUUUGCUAUAGUAGCUACUAUGGUGGCUGACUUAAGUCAAACCAGAAGAAUCUGUCAUAAGGGAAAUAGGUUGAAAAAUGGGGAAACAAAAGGUCCUGCCAAUGAUAAAAUGGCAGAGAGGGGGUCCAUCAAGGUCUCUCAAAAAUUAUUGCCAAGAUCUAAUUUUAUAUAGGUUCCGGAGAGAAAAUCCACACAACCCAGUUUGGUCUUGGUAAGCCUAUGGAAGACAUUGCUUAAGGGAAAGCAGUUUAUUCCCUUGGAGGAAAGCUCAAGAAAACCAGGUGUGUUCCCCAGAGCACCUCUGCUAACAGGAAUUUUGGGAGUGGAUACACCUUACCCCUAGAGACUAGGGAUUAUGCUAACAUUGCUUGCAGUAGGGGGCAAACAGAGGCUGCAUGUUGAAUUAACCAUUUAUUGGUCUUGCACUUACAGACUACCAGUCUAAUAGACACUGGAGCUGAAUGCACACUUACGGAAACCCCUUGAAAUUUGGGGGAAAAGUAAAGGCAGUAGAUAUUUAUGUGGGGCAGAUUAUCAAAGUUCUGCAAACUAGUCUUUACUUACAGAUUGCAGACUUUCUGCCUGUUGUUUUCUAGUGCAUAUCUCCCACAUUUCUGAGUAUUUUGGGCAUCAAUGUUCUGCAGGAUCUGAAUCUAACAACGACAGGUGGAUUCAGUUGUGUAUCCAAGUAGUGAAACUUGUUGUGGGUCAUGGCAAAAUGCGCACCUAUACAGCUGCUGGUUUCUAAAGAGUAAUAAACAUAAAAUGAUAUGAGCUACUUAUUAGGGGGGGCAUGAUGAGAUUAUUGCCACCAUUAAAGAAUUAGAAAAGGUGGAGGUAAUCAGGCCUGCUCAAAGCCCAUUCAGUAGUUGGUUUGGCCUAUAAUGAAAUUUAAUGGGACCUGGCAAGUGACAGUAGAUUAUAGGGAACUUAGUAAAAUUACUCUGCUCAUCCAUGCCAUGAUACCUAAUACAGCCUUAUUGUUAGGGGAAAUCAUGGCAUCCAUUAAGACUUAUCAUUACCUGCUAGACUUGUCUAAUGCCUUUUCCAGCAUUCAUUAGGAUGUGAAUCCCAAGACCAAUUUCCCUUCGUGUGGAACCCGAGUGACCUUCCAGGUGUUGCCCAAGGGUAUCUCCUUAGUCCCUCUGUUUGUCACAGGAUGGUAGCCAGAGAUUUGGAAAAAUGAAUAUUUUCAGAAGAGAUGGUGCUUUAUCAUCAUGUCAGUGUUAUGUUAACUUAUGAUUUAUCCUCCCUGUCUCAAGCAGCCACCUCAUUCCAGGUGUGAAGUCUUGAGGGUGAGAGGUAAAUACCAACAAAUCCAAAGACUGGGUUAAUCAGUAAAGUUCCCGGGCAUCAUCAGUUUGUGUAAGACCAGUGAUGCCACAGAUGGUCAUUGAUAAAAUGUAAAUCUUCCUAGUCCCUAAAACGGUAAAGGAAUUAUAGGCUUUUUGUUGGUUUACUGGGUUACUGAAGACUACUUAUUGCCUGUCUAGUGAUAGGGCAGACAUUAAGACCUUUUAUAUGCCUUGGUUAGGAGGGGAAGCUAAUGAGAUUGGGCUGCAAACCAACAAGAGGCUAUCCUAAAAAAUGACAGUAAAACAAGUACAGACCUUGGAGAUAUUAAUGCCAGCUGUGACUUGUGAAUUAGAUGUAAAUUCAUGUCUAGAAGGGUUUGGUUGGGGCUUGUGGGAUGGAUGAAAUGGGAAACGGAUCCUGUUAGGAUUCUGUGGCUUCAAUUAUGGAAGGAAACAGAAGCCAGGUAGAAUCCCGUGGAAGCACAGGUAUUAGUUAUAUAUCUUGCACUGCAGCAGAUGGAAGGCCUGAGUGCUGAUUUGCCUGUGAUGGUACGAACCUCUCUGCUGGUAGGAGGGUGAACUAAGGACAGACAUGCUCAGCAAACCUAAGAGUGCCUGUGCCCAGGUAAGCACCUUACAGAAAUGGCAUGCUGAUCUACAGAGGAGGAACCUCCUCUCUCAUGAGCUGCACCUGGUACUAGGGCUGGUCACUUAAAUCGACCGUGCCCAACUUCAGAAUUGUCUGACUUUAUGCUUCCUCCCCGCCCCCAGUAAGGGAAGAGGUAGGCUCAUCUCCAGCAGGUGCAUAGUAUACUGAUGGCUGUUGCUGGGGAAACUUGCCUAUUUGGCAUUCCUCUGCCAUCCAGCUGGAUUCUGAUGUACUUUCGUUUGAAGGAACUAAUCAAAGUCAGUGGGCAGAAUUGAAAAUGGUAUGGAUUGUUUUGACACAUGAGCCAGUGCCCAUCAAUUUGGCUGCUGACAGCUGGGCAGUGUUGUAAAAGGUUGACAACAUAGAUGCAAUGAUGGCACAAAGAAGGUUGGGCUAUAUUAAAUAGACCCCUGUGGAAAGUAGAACUGUGAGAAGAUGUUUGGGUAGUAUGCUCUAAGCCCAAUGCAGCCAUCGAACAGUCAUCCAAGUAUGGCAUAUGUCCCUGCUCACUCCCCAUCCACACUACCAGGCAAUCCUGAGGCAAAUGCUCUAGUCUGGGUAUGAGCCCUUCAGCUGGAGAAAAUGCUGACCCUGUCUGAUGUAGCAGAAUGGGUCCAUCAUAAAUCAGGACACUGAGGUCCCAAAAGUACCUGAGAAAUGAGAUUACAUUUUUCUGUAAAAUAUUCAGUCUACAAGCUGCUGACAAGAACUGCCCCCAGUGCCAUCUCAAGCGAUGGACCUUAUGCCACACCCUGGGGUGUAUUGGGUGGACUAUAAACUCUGUUUCUCACUGGCAGAUCUAUUACAUAAGCCCUUUGCCAGUAUUGGGAGGGCACAAAUAUGUACAGACCUGUGUGGACACUUGCACAGGACUUGUACAAGCCUUAGCCUAUAAAAAGAGCUAAUCAGGCUGCAACUGUAACAGAUUAACAAAACUGGAGAGCAUGUACAAACACCCCCUACUCAGUGAUCAAGGGACACAUUUUACUGGCCAUGAUAUCCAAAAAUGGGCAGAGACCUGGGUAUAUUAUGGACUUCCCACCUGCCAUACAGCCUCACUGUUGCAGGCCUAAUUGAAAGGAUGAAUGGGCUAAUAGCACAUUAAAGACUUUAUCACGGGUGGAUCCCUGAAAGGAUGGGCUCCAAGACUAACCAGCAAUUCAUCUCCUUAAAGCUAUGCCCAUAGCAAGACAGACAUCUACAUAUGAACACCUCACCAGCAACACCCAUGCAGUUUGCAGCUCUUGUGCAGGUGUUAUCUGGAGACCCAUGGUCUGUUGGGGGAGGAGGGCUUCCUUUUGUGAUUGCUACAAGACCUCCCACGUGACUAAAAUGUUGAUGGGUGAAGUGAUGAGAGAAGCUGCCUUUUCACUUGCAGAGGCCAAGUUCACGGCAGGGGACUUCAGCACCACAGUAAUUCAAAAUGUAAAUAAAGCCCAAGUGAAGAUUCGAGCUAAGAAAGAUAAUGUAGCAGGGGUUACUUUGCCAGUGUUCGAACAUUACCAUGAAGGAACUGACAGUUAUGAACUGACUGGUUUAGCCAGAGGUGGGGAACAAUUGGCUAAAUUAAAGAGGAAUUAUGCCAAAGCAGUGGAAUUACUGGUGGAACUGGCUUCACUUCAGACUUCCUUUGUUACUUUGGAUGAAGCUAUUAAGAUAACCAACAGGCGUGUAAAUGCCAUUGAACAUGUCAUCAUUCCCCGGAUCGAACGUACCCUUGCUUAUAUCAUCACAGAGCUGGAUGAGAGAGAGCGAGAAGAGUUCUAUAGGUUAAAGAAAAUCCAAGAGAAGAAAAAGAUUCUCAAGGAAAAAUCAGAGAAGGACUUGGAACAGCGGAGGGCAGCUGGAGAGGUGAUGGAGCCUGCUAAUCUUUUGGCUGAAGAGAAGGAUGAGGAUCUUUUGUUUGAAUAGUUUCCUGCUCUGGUUCUUUCAUAAGCCCUAACAUGGCACCAUUUUAAUUCACGGUGUGUAGGUUUGGUACGUGUGGCUAUUUAUUUUUUGGCCUAAGAAUUUCACUGGUGGUAACAUUUCCCAGGAUGUUGGUUAUGGGGCUGCCUUUGCAAAAUCCUAAUUCAGCAACCAUUUAUAUCAUGUGAGAUUUGUAGACCUUGCCCAGGAACCUGUAGAAUUUACUCUGCAGAAAUGGUACCCUAUUCUGUUUACAUCUGUUACAAGUGCUCUGCUUACCAAGCAUAUUAGGAAAUUCCCCUUAGGAAACAGCAGUGGCCUCAGGCCAGCUGUCACUGUAGCACCCUUUGUUCCUACCUGCUCCCUGAGAUUGCUGCAGCCAUCCUUGUGUUACCGUGGUACUUCUCUCAAGCUUUACGAAACCUUCACUAUUUUUCCUUGCAUGACAGGUCUCUGUCUUGUCUGUCAUGGGAGUUCUGCCAAUUUUAAUGUGACUAUGGUGUAAACAGUAAAAUGAUUUAAAAAUGA